ACCUUUGCUUUGGAACAAAUCCGUACAUUUUUUAAUGUCCCUUUAAUGUUCAGAAAAGUUCUCAGAUGAAAAACAAUUAAACAGAAGAAACAUGUGUCAUUGCAUCUUCCAUCAGAGGAUUGCAUAACAAGACCUGCUCAUUUGUAAUAAUUAAUAGUGUCUGUAAUUUCUUCGUUCCCCUCAGGUUACAAAGUCAGACACAACAGAACUCAGGUUUCUGCUUGUAAAGAGCAUGUUUGUGUUGGAGGACGCUGGUUACUAAGGUCAGUGUUUUUUUUCAGUUUUUAUGCAGCAGGUAGACCCUUAAGGGAAUGUCUACAGACCACUGAUAUAUAGUGACAGUCACCCUUUAGAUGAUCUUCACUGUUUUUUACGUUCGUCCUGGGGAGUGAGAUUAGAGCGAGGGAAGAGAGAGAGAAGGAAGAGAGAGGGAAACAAGAUAGGCACUCUGAAUCCUCCUCCUCUUCCUCCUUCAUAACUUUUUCUGUGUUUCCUCUCACUGCAGCCACUAAAAAAUGUUCUUACCGAGCCUCCGGCAACUCACUUUCAAGGAUGAACACAGAUACACUGAAACACACAUACACCAACAUUAAUGUUGGCAUCCAUCAGACAGCUUUAGCUGGACUGCAAAUCCCACACUGACAGGCUUCCAGCAGAUGCUAUUUAUAAAGAUUUUUUUAAAUCCAAAAUGAGUGAAGUGCAUCUGCUGGGCAGAACUACAGUCUGUUCAUUUUUAUUGCAUAGUUUUAUUUCACAAUGACCUCUGACUCGCCAUGUGUGUGUCUUUUUGUAUCACUCCUGACUGGUAAAUACCCCCUGGCCACAGGACUGGCUGCUCAGCACUGCUUCAUACAUGUUAUAUAACUGAACCUCCAGAGCAAACAGACGCAAGCUUCUCAGCAACAGGUAUUACAGUCACCUCCAGCUAUGCCACCAUUGACCAAUUCUAGAUUACAGUGUAUGAAUAAUGGAAAGGAGUGAGGGUGCAUACAAACAAGUCUACGUCUCAUUCAGAGAGGCACACCAUGUGUAGCCCAGCUUUACAUUUCAGAGACAAAGUUUAAGUGCAGAUCAGUCAAUCACUGAUGCAUUAAAGCCUUUUCACUCUGAAAACUGCGGCCUCCUAAUUAGUCGCCCUGCAGGGCCAAUAAAGUUCAGAGAAACCUCCAGCUGUGCUCUCAAUGGCCAUGUCAUUCUAAGUGUCCCGGUCAAACCGCUGCCAGUGGCAUGAAAACUUUUUUUUUUUUUUUUUUUAAUAAAUCAUUUAAAAUGAUUACAGUGGCCAUUUUGUUCUGCACUACACUCCCAGCAUGAUGUAACCUAUGUAAUGCUGAGAAAAGUUACACAUGAAAAGAGAGAAAUCAAACACAACAACCACAGGGCUCACCUAAGAAAAACUAACAAUCAAAGAAAUUCAUAUCUAAUUGUCUAAACAAUGCUCUCUCUCUCUCUCUCUCUCUCUCUCUCUCCUUUAAGUUUAGAGAUGGGUUGGUCCUCCCUGUGAUGUCACCUCACUCCUGUAUGGGCAUUCAUUCCACCAGCAGUGUGCAUCUCCCGUGCUUCUCCAAAUCGAUGCUGUUCACCAAAGCGCAAAAGCAGCAUUACGCACGGCGGUGUGAUCUUGGAGGAAUGUCUUUACUGGUGGAUUGUGAACUCUUGUUCUCCUCACCUUUGUGAUAUAAGUAUGUUUAUAUUCGGAACACGGUGUGCGCGACGGGACUAUCUGGAGGACCUGUGAUGAAGGGUUUAAUAUUUGAGGAGGUACGUUUGUGCAUGUGUAGUGUUUUCAGUGAGCUACACUCUGUUUGCACUGACAAGGAGUAUUACGCACGACGUAUCCCCGUGCGUUAGUGGCAGGCAGCUCAGCGCACCCAGUCGUUGCUGUUCUUGGGAAGUAGAAGGGUGCAAAACAACAACAUGGUACGAAAGGACAAACUGGAGCCAGCAUGGAUUUAACCCAGUUAAAUCAGUUAGUGGAAAACAUUUCCAACGAUGAGAACACAACGGACGCACCGCUUGCUUUGCCACACACUCAGGCAGCCACUGCGCUCAUCAUCCUGGUGGUUUCUGUGAUCAUUUCGGUGACCAUUGUCGGUAAUGUGUUGGUGAUUGUGGCGGUGCUGACCAGCCGGGCUCUCCGUGCGCCUCAGAACCUUUUCCUGGUGUCUCUGGCAUCCGCGGACAUCCUGGUGGCCACGCUGGUCAUCCCCUUCUCUCUCGCCAACGAGGUUAUGGGCUACUGGUACUUUGGAAGCACUUGGUGCGCCUUCUAUUUGGCUCUGGAUGUGUUGUUCUGCACCUCAUCCAUCGUGCACCUGUGCGCCAUCAGCCUGGACCGCUACUGGUCAGUCACAAAGGCAGUCAGCUACAACCUGAAGCGGACACCUAAGCGCAUCAAGUCCAUGAUUGCUGUAGUGUGGUUAAUAUCUGCCAUCAUCUCUUUUCCUCCUCUUCUCAUGACCAAACAUGACGAACGGGAGUGUGAACUGAACGAUGAGACCUGGUACAUCCUCUCUUCCUGCCUGGUGUCCUUCUUCGCUCCGGGUCUCAUCAUGAUUCUGGUUUACUGUAAGAUCUAUAAAGUGGCCAAGCAGCGCUCCUCCACCGUGUUCGUGGCCAAGAACGGCCUGGAGAGGCAGCCCUCACAGUCAGAGACCUGUUUCGUCAGGAAGGACCGGUUUGAGAUGGAGAGCCCCAGUAGCCAAAGCUCGGGCAGCCACCAGCAAAGGCAGGGGGAGCUGGAUGACAUCGACCUGGAGGAGAGCUGCUGUGCGUCGGAUACUAAACCCCGCAAUCAUCGCUUCACCAAGCGGAGGAAGGUGGAGGGGUCGGACUGCUGCCCGCCUCAGAACUGCCGUCUCUCGUGGGCUUCGGCCCGGGCGUCGCAGCUCUACCCGCAGCAGAAGAAUCCAGCUGAGCGACAACAGCUGGCCGCGGCCAACAAGACCAAAGUGGCCCAGAUGCGGGAGAAGCGUUUCACCUUCGUGUUGGCGGUGGUGAUGGGGGUGUUUGUGCUUUGCUGGUUCCCCUUCUUCUUCACUUACAGCCUGCAUGCGAUCUGCAGAGACAGCUGCUACAUCCCAAGAGCACUUUUCAACCUUUUCUUUUGGAUUGGCUACUGCAACAGUUCCGUGAACCCCAUAAUAUACACUAUUUUCAACAGGGAUUUCAGAAAAGCCUUCAAGAAAAUCGUAUGCAGAACUCCUAAACGAACAUAAACACUGAAAGGGACACAUCUAUCAACAGUGCUGGGAAACUAAUAGGCCUAUUAGUAGAACUCAUUCUUCUUGGCAAUUUCCCCUGCCCAAAUCAUUUCAAUGUAACUGUUAUCAUAUUGAAAAAAAAAAGAUCUAGUCUUGUGUACACAUUUAAAUGUCUAUGAAUAAAAUGUAAAGUGGAGCAAAACAAAAGACAAAUAUUGGGAUGUGUUGUUGCACAUCGUAUGUAAGCAUCAAACAUGGUCAUUAAUUUAAUCAUCAGAUAUAUUUAUCCCACUUGAGAUAUGCGAAGUUUUAAUAUAUAGGUCACUGUAUAACAAGUUCUGCAAAUCUGAACCUUUGAGAAAGAAAUUCUUGCAUUGGAUCAAUGUUUUAUGUUGCAGCAAGCAACAGGAAAGAGCUACUGUAGUGAAAAUGAAGUCAUGUAUAUAACUGGAUUCCAGUGCUGGCAGAUGGUUCACAGUGAGCGUUUCUUGUGUUGAGAUAAAUAGAAGAUAAAUCUCCAUUGUCUAUAAAAUAUAAGCACAGGGAUAAGCAAGCAAGCACUGCCUGCAGGUGUUACGGGAGGGAAAAAUGAAAUUAAAAUCCUAUAGAUUAAAACAGGGUUUAUCACAAGUGUAGAAUGCUGCCUGGUUGGAGUGUUUGACAUUAUAUGUCUUUCAGACAUGUAUAUUUCUUCGCUUGCUGCAGUUAAAGCUCCAACAAGGCUCUCGGCCAUUUCUUAUCAGUGAACCCCCAAACUUACGUAAGAGUCUAAUCUCACACCCCCACCACACCAUCACACCACCUCACACCAGAACAAUUGCCAAGCUGAGGCCUGCGUGUGCAAACUCUGUUGGAUCAGUCUGCGUAUUUCAUUUCAACCUGCACAAAAUUCAGCUCAAUAUUUUGUCAGUAAAUAUUUAAACCUUGUGAGAUCACAAUACUGCAGCACAACCUGAUUUCAGUGUUAUGGGACAAGAGUUUAAAUCUGGGUUAUGUUGUCCCGCUGAUGUCUUUUUUAGAUCGUGGUGCCAAAUUCAUUUUUCAGUCUUUGACGCAGGAAAAGUAUCUGGCAAGAUGAUAGAAAGAAACUCAAUACAUAUUACUGAUUGCGACAGUCCUGAACAUGUUAGAGGAAGGAUGCUCUGAAAAAAACAAAACAAAAAAAAAAAAAAACAGACAUCCUCCCUCGACCUUAAAAAUAGCAUCUCUGGACACAGUUAUUGCAGGUGGAGCUGGACUUCCAUCCUCCAUCAAAUCUCCUUGGUUCAAUAAGAUAGCUUAAUAUCCACAAGCCAUGCCUCAAGCUGUAAUCAUCUGCUUUAUAAAGCUGUAUUAUCAUAGGAAAAGGCCCACAAAUUAUCACCCCAGCUAUGCUCCAACUUUCUGCCAGUUAAGAAAUUAUUGACAGCACGAACAAGUCAGUAAGCUAUAUGGGAAAAAUAUAAAAUAUACAGUCAUUUACAAUGAAGACAUUCCUGCAAGUUGCAUACAUGAAUAGGAAAUGUGAUUAUAUUCAAAGCUAUAUUUGAGCUGCUGAUUUCCAUACAACUUCGGCUCACGAUGCAUCUGGGAUAUAACGCAUACGUGAAAUGUUGAAUACAUGAUGAAGUUUGCAUGAAAAGGCCUGCUCUUCUCUGAGACCCCCCCAAAAAACACUCUGGUUUGUGAGGAGAAUUCUGACCAGCUCAAUAUCAGCCUAUUGUGUGCAUGGGGGUGCUGGGGAUAAAUACACUAUUUAUAUCUCCUUAGGAAUGUCUUCAAAGCUCUCCUACGGCUCACUGGUGCCUUGCCAAAGAUAAUCACCCUGUUUGAGUGGUGUGAUGCUUGAAAGGAAUUUAAAAAAAACAAAGUUUAAUGAAGUGGUUUUUGUGAGGUGAGCUCAUAUUCAUGAUUGUGUUGUUGAGCUCUCAUCAAGAGAAACAAGAGUGAAGGUGGUUGCAUAUUUCCUUCUCUCUUGACAUGCGCUACCAUUUUAUUCAUGAGCAGAGUGAGAGCGUCUGAGAGAAGUGGAGCUGGUGUGAGGAAGGAAACUUUAUCUCAAAGGGAUUCACAAACUCUUGAAACGAAUUAAAUGUCUGGCGCAAGUCGUCCUCACAAGAGGCGGUAAAAUUAUCUUUGUAUAUUUUCAUCUUCAACAGGAUGCAAGUGAUGUUAAUUGGCAUAUGUGCAACUUAAUGGGAUGUUGUUGUAUGUAAUUUAAUUUCUCCAGUGAGCAUGGUCAUCUCCCUUGAUGUAUAUUGCAUUAGCCUUGGUGGAAAUAUUUACAUGGACAUUCACAGGUCAUUUUCUUCCUGAUAGUAUACUGAUUACUCUCUGAUAAGACAUGCAGCUCCCUUUGCAAAUCUCACUUCCCAGUUCAAUUAUCUUUCUAAUCAACUGCUCCACUGCAGUAAGAACGGAGCACAAUGCUUUUAAUUAGAUGUAGUGUUUUCUGUUACUGACAGGCAUGUCUCCCUUACACACUUCACCUAUGUUACAGAGUCCAAACUAGGAGACUUAGAGCAACCUGGCAUGUUAAAUUAUCAUCAUUUUCUCCAAAGAAAAAAACCUUCACACACAACUAAACGCAGAUCCCUCGCAAUCUGUCACUAUUCAUUAGCUAAAUGCUCUGCUAAUUGCGUUUUUAUUCAAGAGAAAAUUGGUAUUGUUUACACUCUGUUGAUUUGCAAUACUCUCCAGCCCGCACUUCCAUCUACCAAGCCUUUUAUUUAUCCCAGACUGUAAACAAAGUUGGAGCCUGAUUCAGGAAGAGAAGUGGAGCUGUGGCGACCCAUAACCUCCCAAAUCCUCCUAAAGGCUUAAUGAGAGAAACAGACCAACAGGACAGAGCCAAAACAUUUCCUGGAGUGGGAUGCUGAAGGGAAAGCUUUAUUCAAGUCCUUUUAAAGGGGAGAAAGACUGGAUGGUCAGAGCCGGCUGCCAGGGCUGUUUAGGGUCAGCAGUGUAGGGAAGGCUAUUUGUAGGCACAAUAGUUGGAGGAGAUGUGGUUAUAAAUGUUUCAAGAUGGGUGCAGUGGAGUAAAAAAAAAAAAAAAAGCUGCCUCUUAGGAAAAGAGAGAGAGAGAGAGGGAUGAAGAGAGCAGUCACUGGUUGUCCUCCGCUGCAUUACCUUGUUUGUCAGACACAAUGCAGCAUCUGCAGGUAAUUGCUUUUUUCAAUUGUCUCUAACAAGAUAAAGGUUGGAGGCGAGCAAGGCCAAAACUCACGUCAAUCCCAGGAAGCUGCGCAUGUGGAGAAGAAGAGCCAGUGUGUCAUUAGUGUAAAUCAGCUGGUGUCACGUCGAAGCGAGGGUGGGACUGAGCUCACCGUCUCCAGGCCAUUCUAAUAUAUCGCCAUGCUUACCACAAGCAACCGGUGCCUGACUUGGGGCGUCAGACAAUGGUCGAUGGUCAGAUUACUGGCCUCUGUCUUUUUGUCUCUGCUAUCCAAACAUGUGCAGAUGUGUCUCCUCUUCAUAGGGUAACAAAAUCCCCAUUAUAAAACAUUUCCUAUCAAACAUCAAACUCUGCUGCAGAAGGUGUUACAGUGUAGGCGAGCUGUGGUGCAAAACAUUUGCAUCUUUAAAGGAAAGGUAAGGUGAUAUUCUUUAUUUUUUCAACUAAUUAAUCCAGUAUUGUCUGUGUGGUCAAAGCCUGAUAUACUGUAGCUUAUUCUUGUGUCAAAGACCUGCAAUGUUGUCCAAAAACUAUUAAAAACACAUCAGUAAGCCACACUGUUGCAUUGAGUGAUAUGUUCCUUCCUGACCAUAAACUUGGGAACUGUAGAUUAUUUUGAGUCAAUCCCACAUGAACCACUCUGCUGCUUUAAAUACUCCCAAAUGCACCAAAUCCACUACUGAAAAUAGUCCCAGUUCAAAACACUAUUUUGAGUAAUGCUUGCAAAAACUACAAUGCCCAGCUGUAUUGCACACAUUCAUUAGGUUCUGUUUUAUUUUGUUUUUUUGAAUGAAAGUAUAUUCAUGGCCUGUUUUAAAGAUGCCUUCAGUAGGAAGAGAAGGUCUUGGGGUUAAGAGCCACAGACAGACUGAGUAUUGAGAUAGUGAUGAGAGACGUACUAACAAAUUGUUAAUCUUUAAUCUUGUCAUAUGAUUCGUUGUGAAUAAUUAAGAAAAAAUAUAAUAAACCUUAUCCUUUACUUUAA